AUGGCGGACAAUGGCGAGGGCCCGUCGGCCCCUCAGCCCCGGCCUCUGCGAAUCUCUACUUCUCCCACCCGUUCAGUUCGCUCGGGGUCGUCCAGGAGAGAUUCUCCUCGAGACGCGUCCAUUGCACGACUAGCCUCUCCAGUCCCAUCGACGAGAAGGUUUACAGUGUCUUCACAGCAGGCCCCAGAACAGCAGGAUCUCCAGGGCCUUGAAAACAAGGCUUCUCCUCCGGGGCCUGGAAAUCCCUCUCUGGCGGCGGCCCUACUAGAAAGGUCCGGUCGUUGGUCCGGUCGGUCCUCUCCACAACUAGGCACCCCAAGACGUUCAGCUUCCCCGGAUCAGCAGCAGAAUCCGCUGCUCGACAGGGGCCUCAGGUCGAACUACGGGUCAUUUGAUGCGAAAUUGGUCAACGACGGCUGGGAACCGGGGCCCGGGCCGUACGAGGACCCAGAAGUUGUGAAGAGACAUCUCGUUCAGCCUUCAAAUGUCGGUUCAAGCCGGAACUCAGAAGCUCCCGGGGAGCCGGCAGACGAUGAGUUCUCGAGUCUCAAAUUGCAGGGAGGCGAUAUGACCAGGCAGGUCUAUCGCUGGGCCGAAGACGUAGAGGCACAAGCGUCCGGGCGGAGACGACCGACCCGGAGUAAGAGUUUCCACAUCAACCGGCCUGAGCCGGAGAGUGAGGUGAUGAAUAUCAACUCGAUCAGGGUGCCUGGCGGAUUCCGAAGAGACUAUUUGCGAAGAACAAUGGGCAGCCCUGCCCCCCGCGGGCUGCGGGAUUCGGGGGCGCCAGCACAAAAGGCGGAACCACGAUUCCUCACGAGCAAUUUCCUCGAGUUUUUAACGCUCUACGGGCACUUUGCCGGCGAAGAGCUGGAAGAGGAUGACGAAGUCCUUGGUCCAGGCGAGUACUUUACGUCCGACACAUGGGAGGGCACCGACGAGGAGAGGGAACCCGGUGAAGAUUCUGCCUUGCUUCCUCCGGGCGCCCCCGGGCUGAAGAAACGAAAGCCCAAGGAGCGCGCUCCAAGGGGCACGAACAACAUGACCAGCACGGCCCUCCUUCUGCUCAAGUCGUUCAUGGGCACCGGCGUUCUAUUCUUGCCGCGAGCGUUUCUCAACGGGGGCAUGCUGUUCAGCAGCAUGGUGCUCCUGGCCGUGUCGCUGAUUAGCUUCUACUGUUUUAUUCUCUUGGUCAAGUCCCGAUUGAAGAUUGAGGGCUCGUUCGGUGACAUCGGAGGCGUGCUCUAUGGGAAACACAUGCGGCGGAUUAUUCUGGCAUCGAUCGUCAUCAGUCAACUGGGGUUUGUGUCUGCCUACACGGUGUUCACGGCCGAGAACCUGCAGGCUUUCGUUCACGCCGUCAGCAAAUGCAAGACGUUCGUCGAUAUCAAAUUCAUGGUGAUGAUACAGCUGGUCAUUUUCCUCCCGCUCUCCUUGGUCCGCGACAUCGGCAAGCUUGGUUUUACGGCUCUGAUUGCCGACGUUUUCAUCUUGCUGGGUUUGAUCUUUCUGUAUUACUUUGAUAUCAGCGCCAUCGAGCAGAGGGGGAUUUCGGAUGUCGCUGCCUUCAAUCCGAACUCGUGGACUCUGUUCAUCGGGACUGCCAUCUUCACGUACGAGGGGAUAGGGUUGAUCAUUCCGAUCCUGGAGUCGAUGAAAAAGCCGGAGAAGUUUCCCAUUGUUCUUGCCGGUGUUAUCGCAGGCAUCACCGUCGUCUUCCUCUCGGCCGGUUCUCUCAGCUACGCAGCCUAUGGAUCGGCCACCAAGACGGUCAUCCUUCUCAACCUUCCCCAGGACUCCAAAUUCGUGAACGCGGCUCAGCUGAUGUACUCGCUCGCCAUCCUGCUCAGCACGCCGCUGCAGCUGUUUCCAGCGAUCCGCAUCAUGGAGAACGAGCUGUUCACGCGCAGCGGGAAGUACCAACCCGGGCAUCAAGUGGAAGAAGAACUUUUUCCGGUUCAUGCUGGUCAUGCUGUGCGCCUUUAUCGCGUGGGGCGGCGCCGACGACCUGGACAGGUUUGUGUCGUUGGUGGGCAGUUUUGCCUGUGUGCCGCUGGUCUAUGUGUAUCCGCCCCUCCUCCAUCUCAAGGCCUGUGCUCGGACCCGCUUUCAGCGCCUGGCAGACAUCACUCUGGCCGUAGUCGGCGUCAUCUGCUGUAUUUACACCACCACGCUGACGAUCUACAACUGGGCAGGCGGUGCUGGGGCUCCCGAAAGCCCGGGAUACUGCGAUUCCUAGGGUCGCCCCCGGAGAGAGAAGUUCGAACCUCGAGCGUCGAACCUCGAACUUUCGAACGAGCCAUGUUACGUCGAGUGUUUACGUUUACGGUACGGUUACGGAUAGACAGACGUCAGAUCGUGAAAUUGAAUUGGAUUGAAAUUGAAUUGGAUUUGAAUUAG